GUAAGCAACAUCUGUCGAACGUCGCUCCCUCUGCCUCCCUCUGGACAGGAGACUCCUCGGCGAGCUGCCGUGGCAUCGUGGUGUGCUUGGUGAAGUAGCGCGUGGUGUCUGCGGUUUUCGGGCACCUGCUGCGUGUGCAUGACAAGAGAAGCGAACUGUCCAAAAGUGUUCAAAAAGGAAUCGCACAAGUGACCGUUAUUUCCAGGAUUUGCACCUUGAGACCGCACCGCAAAAAAGGACCUCAGUGGAGUGAAGUGAGCAAGUGAACAAUUUGAUCUUCGCGAAACAACACGCGUACACAAAUCCAUGAUGCUUAAGCUGCUCCCGGUUCUGGCCCUGGUGGCAUGGUGCCACGCCGAGAUACCGGUCUUUGAGUUUGGAUCGUAUUCCGGUGAACAGAAGGUGAAGCUGGCGCCCAGUGAAGCGCGCAUAGAGGAAUUCACCGGUUAUGUCGAUCCUACGCCCGUCAACCCGCUAACUGAACCACCAACCACGUGUGUCGGUGGGGUAGAGAAGUGUGGAUACGCCCCCGGUACACCUAGCUGCCCCUGGGAUCCUUAUGCGCAGAAGGAAACAUUAACGGAGACACGCACGGAAACAGUGGUACAAGAGAAAAUUAAAACCGUCGUAGAGAAGAUACCGACCACCAUCACCUCGACAGCGUUCUGCGGGACUACAAAUAGCUAUCUGCCACCGGAUGAGACGGUGACGGCGCCACCGGAUGUGAAAACCAUCACGAUCCGACCACCGCCAGUGAAUAAGACGAUUUCGUUGCCACCAUCGACCAGAACGAUUAAUAUUCCCGGACCAGUAACAACCAAGACACGUGAGACCACGUCUACGGUCAUGAUCUACAGUACCGUUACGCCACCGGUAACGAUCAGCCGGACUGUAACGCCUACCAAAACCAACCUGUUCACUGUGGACAGUGUUACCGUCAAUCGUACGAUCACGCCAACGUCUACGCUCUUCUCUUACUUACCUUCGAUAACGACGACCCGUACCGUGACACCGGUAUCGGAGCAGCUCUUCUACACGGACACCGUCACCGUGAAGCGCACGAUCACUCCCACCUACGUCAACUCGUUAUACGCGAAUACCACUACGGUGACUCGUACGAUCACACCGACCUAUAUCAGUUCGAUCGUUCUGCCAUCGACUGUCACGGUUAAUCGUACGAUCAUUCCGACUUACUACAACACUUUCGUCCUGAAUACUACCACCGUGGAUCGCACAGUAACGCCUACCUCCACUCGAUAUACGUACCUCAAUUCGACGACGAUCGAUCGGACCGUUACACCUACAGCGACCAACUACAUCACCCUCGAUACCACACAAACGCAAACGCGCACGAUCGUUCCUACCUACGUUGUGCAGAAAACGGCUGAAACAACAACCGUUACGAGAACGAUCACACCAUCGUACGUUAGCAUGGUGACAGUGCCGACCACAACGCUUACAAGAACCUUCACACCAUCCAGCAUCCUGACGACCACGGCGGCCACUACCGCAACCAUCACACGAACCUUUACACCUUCGGCUAUCACUACCGUCACCGCUACAGCACCAACUCGUACGAUCACCAAGACUCCGCUGACCACGAUCACCGUUACACCAACGCUCAGCAUAACGCCAACCCGUGAGAUCACCGUCACUGCACCGCGGGUAACGGAAACGGUAACCAAUUGCCCACCGGAUCGACACUAUCUGCCGGUUGCGAACGAAAGGACGGUCACGCGCACCAUCACGGAAACCAAAACCUCAGUGCUGACCAACACCGUCACUGUCUGCACGCCCACCAAUGCCUACCUGCCAGUCCGGGAGACUGUGGCAGCGAAUCAACCUGCACCAGCCUACGCCCGUGUUCCGUCGUUGGAACGCGACAUACUGCCACCGGUGGAUGAGGAUGAAAAUAAGAUCAAGUGGAUCGAUUAGGACACGCGUCACGGCGCGGAUACAAGAAAAGCAAAAAUACUCAUAAUACCUUCUCGUCGCUCAGCAAAGCGCUUAGCUGCUUUAAGGACUCGAAGACAGGAGGACUCGAAAAAUGCAAAUAGCCUAGCCGAUAGCCGCUCAAAAGGCGAGUGAGAUUAGACCGUAGGGUGUGUGAUUAGCGUAGCAGAAACCAGAACAAAUCGAAUGUACAGCAAUUGUAACGAACAAAACGAAAAGAAGAUCACUGCUUGGAAAACUUAGUAUCUUCAGCAUAUAGCGAAUUCGCUAGCCGGCAGCAAAAAAGCAACAGCCGGCCAUCGUCUGCUGACUGUGCACUGUGCACGUGUAUCUUCACCAUCACCAUUUUCUUAUGCGACGAAAACCUACAACAGCCAGUAGCGAUUUUGUGAUUCAUUUUAGUAAUUGUUUAGUAAUUCUCAUGUUUAUGCUAUAGUAAGUGUGUAUGUGUGUGUUUGUGAAUGUGUGGAAAUGUGUGAGCAUUCGUGCGCCGCGUCGUUGUGUGCUGUUCGUUAUGA